AUGGUAAGUGCAUCUUCAAAGUCCACGCUGCCAGUGGCUCCCUCAUCCACCCCAACCUCACCUCAUCUUCCACCUGGCCUGAUCUCACUAGAGGACAAGUCAACCUCACCCCGUCUUCCACCUGGCCUGAUCUCACUGGAUGAUGAGUCAACCUCACCCCGUCUUCCACCUGGCCUGAUCUCACUGGAGGAUGAGUCAACCUCACCCCAUCUUCCACCUGGCCUGAUCUCACCGGAGGACAAGUCCUUGGUUGGAAAUGUGCUUGAUCCCUCUCCGGACUUCAACACACUUGCAGGAAUGAAAGAACAUGAUACGCCAAUCACUGCUUGGAGAAAGUCGACAGCAUUUGAUGAAGACCCACUAACUACAUCCCCCACCUUUAAUCGCACUCAAUGGCCAGGUGUCAGCAUGGCGGAUCCAUCAGUCGAAGCUAUCCCUCCUCUCAUGUUUCAUCCGUUGUCGUUGUUUCACACCACCCUCUUGCCCCAGCCUGCUUCGCUCUUGGCUCAGCAAAUGAAUCAAUUUUCUGCACUUGAGGAGGUCAAUGGACUGUCCAUGGAACCGCAUGGCAAUCCAUUGCCAUUCAACCAACCGAUGUUCAAUUUGGGGCCGCAUGCACCCCCAGACACCCAUAUUCCAUUGUCCUUGCUAACGACUAUCACACCGUCACUCCUGUCUACAUCCACACCACCCAAGUCAAUUCAUUUCAAGUCUACCGAACACCAACCCCUGUCAGCUCCUCAUCAACCAUUGUCCAUUGACCAGGGGUCUUCUGCGGCUUCUCGCCAGCUGUCACCUUGUGACAUCGGGGGAGUCUUGGCUGGUGAAACUCUCCAACCUGGUUUGGAGACGGAGACGGUGUCUUCGUUACCUGUUGUCUCUGCUGCCUCCAACAGACGCACCAAGCGCCCACUGCGUCCUUCUACGCAAGCUGCUGAAGCCAACAAAAUUGGUGUCAAGCAAGGAACAAAGCCUGCACCAAAGAGGAAGCAGACCGAAGUCCAGCGCAGUGGUGAGGGGUCGAAGAAAAAGUCUCGCAAGUAG